UAUUGACCAGAUUGAUUCGAUUGAUUCCAUUAUUUUUAUCACAUGACGUCACCUUUGUCGCACCUUCUUCGCAGGUCUCAAGCUCGGCUUGACCGUUGCGAACCGACUGCUCAUUUAUGCCGCCAUGCUGCACUGCCAACAACCAACAACAACACGUGCGACAACCACCGUCGCUGCCCACUGUCUAUUGAUCUUACUAUCCCCAUAGGUAUACCAGGUAGUACAGAUGUUGUACAGAUCCUGUCAUAGAAGCUUAGAUUCGAGAGACAAUGUCGUCGGAUGAAAAAGGCGGCUCUCUGUCUUCUCAAGAAGGUCAGGAGGAUGAAGUGGCAAUGGAAGAAGCACGGGAAGUGACAGUCAUUCCCGUUGUGGACAAUCCCAGUGAAAUUAGUGAGAAUCACUGUCCUGUAGCCGUUGGAAUUGGGAUUCCGGACAGUGGAUUGGCAACUGAAAGGGAUAAUCAAAUAGAGAGCUCGAAUGAAGGCCUUGAAUAUACUGACAGCUGGGCUCCCAAUGUGGCGAAUGCAAGCCAACCAGAUCACCCCAGAACCAACACAACGGAACAAGAAACAGGAGGUCCUGAUGCAGUCAUCAGGGCCAGGAGAGAGGGAGAAAGCGGCCCUCAGUCUUCUCAAGAAGGGCUGGAGGAUGAAGCAGCAAUCGAAGAAGCACAGGAAGUGACAGCCCUCAGGGACAAUCCCAACGAAAUUGAUGAGCAUCACCGCCCUGUAGCCGUUGGAAUUGGGAUUCCGGAGAGUGGAUUGGCAACUGAAAGGGAUAAUCAAAUAGAGAGCUUGAAUGAAGGCAAUGAAAACACUGACAACCAGGAGCAUGCUGUUGCCAAUGCAAGCCAAACAAAUCUCUACAGAACAAACAAUACUGAACAACAAACAGGAGCGACUGAUUCAGUCACCAAAGUCACCAGAGACGCGGCAUUGACAUUGGCAUUGCACGAGUCCUUUGGUGUUCAUUGGGAGAAAUCCCCGCGAAUUACCGGACAGGAUCAUGCCAUCGAGGAUCAGUCGGACCCAACAGAAGCCCAAGAUGAUGUUGCAAUUCCUAUGAUACCCAUGAUGGGAAACGAGGGUGAGCCUGGAGUAGACCGUACUGCCACAAGAACAACGACCAACGGCCAUCAACGGCCGGGUGCAGAGUGGGUGGUCGGGAUAGAUGGAGACGUUGGGGAGAAUUCCACUUCGUCGUCAUCGGCCAGCUAUACCCGCACGAACACGAUUGUCAGUGCCACUCUCGUGGAUUCCACGUAUGUGGAUGAGCAAGUCAAGGAGAGAAUACGACAAGAAUUACUUGCUAAUGCCGUACAAGCCCAAGUCGAACAUACCAGCAACAUAAAUAUUGGUGCCGUUGACCAACAGCCGGGGAGGUUCGGUCGGCGGGCAAUGAUUCUGUAUUCGGGCUUGUCCUUGUUGGUGGUCAUUGCGCUGAUAGCCACGAUAGUUGGCUUUCUAGUGUCCAGGGACGAGGGACAAUCCGUAUCUCUCUGCGACAAGUGGACUUUGAGUGGAUCUCCUAUACUCAUGACACAUGCGAGCACCCAAUACUUUACAUGGGCAACGGCGAUCGAUGCUGGAAAGUUUAUCCUUCCAGACGCAUGCCAUAUCCAGACUGGGGGUCGUCUGAUGGUCGUCAAGACUCUCGGCACUGGUAGUCCUUUGACAGUAUCAACCUGCAAAGAGGCCACAAACUUUCCGGCUCGACUGGAGGUCCUGGAAGGAGCCUGCACUGAUGCGCAGUGCAAAGAAGCAGUGAACAAUACUCUGUGCCCGGGACGUAUGCAUAGCGACAAGGUUACCUUUGAUUCUGUUUACGGGCAGGAAUAUUUUUUUGUGGUCAGUGGCUUCACCUCGAAUGACGACGUUGUGGGUAUGUCCAUCCGUGCCAAACACGACACUUGCGAAACCGCACAAGGGCCAAUCAUACCCGAUACGAACUUUGUUCACAGGAGCGUGAUUGAUUCGAAUUCAAAGUGGUGCAACCAAUCGUGCUGGUACGGAGCAGGGCAACUGUUUGGUCCUGGAGCUUGGUAUAAGCUCCUAGCCACAGGAGCCACCAUCACUGCCACAGUAUCCUGCGAUCCAGCGAGUGUUGCCGAUCUUAUGUUGACGAAUUUCACCGGUCUCAGUCUUACCGUGUUGGAAGGAGGAUGCGACUCGAGCGCGUGUGUGGACGCCGCGAUUCGACCUUGUCAGUUUGACACAGCUGUGUCUUUCAAAUCAAGACCAGAUCAAGAAUAUUGGCUUCUGGUACGAGCUCGUUCUUCCAAGAGAGCUCUGGCAGAAGGCGUUAGGUUCAAUUUAUCUGUGGCGUCUGCCGGUGGUCAAACUAAUGAUCGCUGUGGAACAGCACAACCAAUACCAUUCGUUGGUGGCGAAGACAAUCGCAGCAAGCCCUACUUUGUGCAAGGAUCCACAAUCGAAGCGGACUCUUAUUCUAGCACUGACGUAAAAUUGCCGCAGUGUGGUGAAAUUCCCAACAACCACGAGUCUGGUGGUGUGUGGUUUUCUGUCCAGGGCACUGGGAAAGGAAUUCGGGCUUCCACAUGUCACACCUGGUGGUUGCCAGCCGAAGGAAGACUGCCGUUUGUGCCGCUGGAGAUAAGCGCCCGUGUGUUCACGACAAGAGUGUCGGUCUAUGAGGGAUACUGUCAAGGUAGUGCAGACGAGGGGGGCCUCCGGUGUGUUGAAAACACUCAUGUGGAAUUCUGUGAAGUCCUCCCUCACAGCCUGGGGAAAGUGACUUGGCAAUCAAAAGAAAAUUCCACCUAUUACAUUUACGUUCAAAGCCUGUUUCAAGAAGAUGAACGUUUCAACUACACUGCCACAGAAGGACACUUUGUGCUAAGUCUGGAAGAUGCACCACUGCCACCGACGUUGUGCGACAUUGAGGUUGACUUGAAAUGCAUCUCUGGCUGUCAGUACGGUGAGGUUCCAUCUUGUCAAGAGCAACCAAAGCAAAUUGAGUUUACCAACGUUGGUGGUAAAUGCGGCAACUACAACAAUCAACCCCAGUACUACUGUGAGGAUUUUGGAGAAGGGCCGCCUGCUUUGAAUACGUCGGAAGGAUUCGGCCAUUUGCUUGUGUCAUAUUUCACGGAUGGGCAUGCUGCGAAUGCAUCAUUCAUAGUCGUGACAAACAGACUGAACAAAGGUGAUAUUUACUUUCAAGAUUGGGUUGAGCUGGGUGGCGAUAUGUUGCUUUAUGGCAAAGGUGAUGAAAUCGAGUUCAGCCGGUACUUGAACUUCUCGCUGUACUCAUCCAAUGAAACGUCCGCGGACGCACUGAUGCAAGUCGUGACCUUUGAUACUGAUUGUGAUUUCGGCCUUGAUGACUCAAGGCAUGGCAGCAUCAAGCUUUCAUCUUUCACCAACACGAAGCAGGGCGAAGUCGUCCUUCAAAGUGGUGCCCCGGAUCUCAAUAUCUUUUACACAGUUUGGGAUGCAGCUGUGCAAGCUCCGUUGGGAUCCCAUGGGUUGAUCAUGAAACACUGGGAUUUUGAAUUGAUACUGGGCGGCUUUGGUUUUGUGCGGUAUCCCUGGGACGAGCCGACAAACACCUCGUUGAUCCCUGGUUACAGACCCAAAAAGUGGACGAUCAACUCGUUCACUGACUUUUUGCACCCCAGCAUCAUCACAAUGUUUGGCAAGCCUCGUGUAGAUUCUGAUGAAACGUGUCAACUGCAAGUUCUUUCUAUGCUUUGAGUUCUUUAGAAGGUACAUGCAUCUUCAUGCUCUCAGUGACGUGCAAACUUAGUUGGCGAUCGAUCUGCUACAUGUAUAGUGAUGAUGGAUGAACUGCGAUUUCGAAUGGAAGACAAAAAGGUGCGCCAUGUGGAAGGUGUUUUCCUUUGCCACGCGUGUCAACUUGUACCGGUCCACUGACAAGUGCAAUGCAAUGCAUGAGUGACAGUGUAUUCCAUUCGAUUCCUGUCUGAACCAAAAGUCUGACGUAGGGCCUGAUCAAACACAACAAGUAUCCACCAGCUUAUCAGCUUAUCCGCCCUUUUUGUUCCAAGUGGGACCAUACCGGUAUGCUUCUCAGCGGUCUGCCGAUCAGGCGUAGCUACUAGCUCGAAGCUGUGGUUUCAACCCCUUGAUCCUACCGGUACAGGUACCUAUGUUGGCUAAUCGUUCAAUCUCCGAUCACAGGUACUAGUACUCAUACCGUACAAUAGCUGUCUGCUGUUCUUGCAGCAAACGCAGCUAUCCUCUGCAGAUUGUACCGGUACCGUAUCCAGAUACCGGCAAGGUGUUUCUACAUGUAGUACCGGUAUGGAAAGAGAGCAGUGAACCAGCAUCCAAGCUUUCGUGGUCCCCAGUUCCCAGCACAGUAUCAUGGUCCUAUGCAAGGACACCCGCUUGUUGAAGUGAUCCCAUGGAGCUGCCCUGAGUUUCACCCUCUCUUUCUCUUAUUAAGAUUGGCCCCCUGUUGGCUUUGAUACUAUCUCAUACCAUAACCAAUCCACUUCUCUCUCCCAGGUAGAGUUCAUCAGAUUAGAUACUGAUUCUGUUGUUGUAGCUUUCUCGUGUUUUGUGAGACGGCCAAUGCCAACUAGCCAAGGGCCGAGAGUAGCACCGGUACCGGUAUCCCCAUUCCCCCCGAGAGAGACGUUUGAGAUGCCACCAUUUUCGAAUUUUGAAUCAUGUGCGAAUGG